UCUUCAGCAUAAUACAACUACAAAACAAAAUCAGUGGAUAAUGAUGCACCUAAACGAAGGGGAAAUGUUGCAGUGCUCGUUUUAUUAAUCAGGCUGUCAAUUCCACCCCAGAGGCCAAACCCCAGAACAAUCCUAGCACGCUCUGAACAAGCAAAGGACAAGAGCUCCAGUCUUCACUUCUUUUUCUUCUUUUCCUCAUUCUCUGUCUCUCUCUCUCUCUCUGUCUACCUGGAUGUAUUUGUCUGCCUAGAGGCCGCCUUCACAUCAUUCGCUGACAGGACCGUCUAUUUAUUUGCUUAUAAAGCUGUUACAAUAAAUGAUUAUUCCAACAGCGUCAUCCAUAUCUUAAUGACGAACCCUACUUUUUGAUGAAUGACAUUUGGGCUAGAGAGGAUGUAUGGGUCAUUUUGACCAGUCGUUCCCUCGCUCCGGAGUUCUACUAUUUUACAUUCUGUCUGGGGGGGAACAAGAGAAAGAGAGAGAGACAUUUAGUCACUAGCAGGACUGCAUGCGAAUUAGCCCCUGCUGCAGCUCAUCAUUAGUACAGAACCAACCCUGCAACUUUGACUUUUUAAUAAGCCCGGGAUGAUGGAGAGAAUAAGAAAAGAGAUGAUUCUUAUGGAAAGAGGGUUGCACAGUCCUACAGCUGGCAAAAGGCUUACGAAUUUGUCAGACUCAGCUGGAAAUACAGUGCUGGAGGCCCUGGAAAAUUCUCAACACAGUGGUCGUCUCAGUCCUAGACUAACUUCCGCCUCCAUGCAUAACACUAUAGGAGACAUCCCAGCCAAAGGCAAAUUCGAAAUAGAAGCGUUAUUCAAUAUUCAGCAUCAAAAUAGCGAUUCUUCAAUAUCUACUGAAAUACCUUCAUCGGAAAACAGGAAGAAAAUUGUUCUGUACUCAGAAGUCAGUCAAGAAUCAGACAUGAAUAGUGAUAUCGAGGUGGGAUGUUCAGCUAUUCGUUCUCCAACUAACCUUAGUGCCUCUCAGCUGAAGGAAAACAAUAACAAAGGGUUUUCCGAAAACUGUAACUCGGCUGUUAACAAUACUAGCUCAUCUUCCGCAUCCACCUUAAAUAAUGUCAACGGUAACUCAAUAGGCAGCUCUACUGCAGACCAGGUGAGACGGUACCGCACAGCCUUUACAAGGGAGCAGAUCGCCAGGCUCGAGAAGGAGUUCUACAGAGAAAAUUAUGUCUCUAGACCCAGAAGAUGUGAAUUAGCUGCUGCCCUAAAUCUGCCAGAAACAACAAUAAAGGUGUGGUUCCAAAACAGGCGGAUGAAGGACAAGCGGCAGCGCCUGGCCAUGUCUUGGCCUCAUCCAGCAGAUCCAAGCUUCUACACCUACAUGAUGACGCACGCCGCAGCGACCGGAAGUCUUCCUUAUCCUUUUCAUUCCCACGUGCCUUUGCAUUACUAUCCGCACGUGGGCGUCACAGCAGCUGCAGCUGCUGCAGCUGCAAGUGGGGCCGCUGCUUCUCCUUUUGCCACUUCGAUUCGUCCAUUGGAUACAUUUCGGGCUCUUUCACAUCCCUACUCUCGCCCCGAACUGCUUUGCAGCUUCAGACAUCCCGGACUGUACCAAUCACCUGCAGGCCUCAACAGUUCAGCAGCGGCUGCUGCGGCGGCAGCUGCUGCCGCAGCAGCAACAGCGCCCUCAGGCACCGCUCCCUGCUCUUGCCUCAGUUGCCACAGCAGUCAGACAGCAAGUGCCCUGGGUUCAAGGAGUAGCGGCUCUGAAUUCACUUGCACAGCGGCUAUCCAGAGAUCGGAGAGCAGCUUUUUGCCUUACUCUGCUGCAGUGCUUAGUAAAACUGCAGUGACCCCUACAGAUCAGAGAGAAGAGACACCACUCACCAGAUAACUCAGAUUCAAGUGGCUCUCGGAGUAUCAGGAGAUAAAAGUCAUAACAGUGUAUUCAAGUCCAGAGGAAUGUCUGUAGUUUCAAUUCUAUAAAGUCACGCUUAAGACCUUUCCCGUAUGAUGAAAGUUCAUUAUAAUAUUUUGCUGGUGUGCUAAAAGAAGUCUGCUUAAAACGGUGACUUGAAAUGGAGUGUUACCAUUUCCCAUCUGGAAUAGUUGCUAGAUUUGCUGCAUCUUUUUGUAGAUGAGGAAAACAACUUAAGUAAAACACUCAAAUGAUAUUUUUCUGUUUGCAAAUCUUGGGUAAUGACCAGUGCAACGUGCAGUGCUUCGUUUUAUUAAAACAUUAAAAUAAGGAGACUUGUAAAGACUGGUCUUAUUAAUAGGGAGCAUUCAGUCAUACAAUUUAAAUAUUGCCCCUGGGUGUUUUCCUUGUAAUUAACAUUGUAAACCUUUUUUAUUUUAUAUGCGGAAUUUUUGAUUUGCCGAAUGCUUAGACUCUUAACAGUUUUUGUCUUUUUUGAUGGGUGGAAGUAAUUAACACAUGGUUAAAAUUAUUGACAAUACAAAACACGUGCACUGUACAACAGGAGCCAUCUGGAGCUGAAUGGGCAGCCAACAACACAAGUAUCUUAAAGCUUUCAUAUUGUGCGGACAGGACAGUCCACAGAUAACGAAAUCUUUUUUUUUUCUUUAAUUGAUCAAGAGUGCAUUUCUUCUAUUCAUCUGAGUUCUCUUAAUAGCAUUACCAGAAGUAAAUCCACAAGUAGUUUAUUUUCAUUUUUACAAGGGAGCUAGAAGGUUGUUAUAUAUUUUCCUUGAUACAGUGCAACGGUAACGGCAGCAUUUUUGAAAAGGUAUUUGAAACCAUAUAGGCAGAACAGUAGGGGGUGUAUUUUUAUUUUGGUACAACUUUUAGGAAUUAGCUAUUUAGUGGCUCCCUUAGUUACACUGUUUGGGGUAACAACAUUUUUCAGAAGGUGGUACAAAAUAAGCACUCGUUUGGGCCAAUUUAUAACGUUAGAUGAUUGUUUAGGGAAUGUGUGGAGCAUAAAUGUCCUUUCGGAUAAGGUCAUGGAGACUACAUAACGGGAAAGAACAGCAUGGUUAAAAAUGUCUUUUGUCUGACGGUAAACAUUUUGGAUUCAGAAUGCGUUGCUUCUAAAAUGUAGGUUUUAUUUUAGCGGUCUGCAGUUUGGUCCACCCGCUUCAACACAUUCAUUUGUACACUAUAUUUUACCGGUUGCCUCAUAUUGCACCUGGUAACAAGUUUAUUUUGUAAAAUGAGUAUGCACACGCAUGCCCAUUACUUCUGUCUCUGAGAGCCACUAUAGGAUAACUAAUGUUUCCUCGAUUACCAAACAACCACUACUAGAGGGACUUUAUUGUUCCUGGACAAGGCACAUCAAAAACUACCAUUGUUAGCGUCAUGUCAAUCCUGAUGCUAAUAAUGUGCAGAUUAUGACGAAAAUUGCCAAUCAUGUACUUUGAUGGACCUCCUUUGAAUGUGGAAUUGGAAAAAGUUCCCUGCACAGAGACCUGCUGUCAAGUACUAACAACCCGCUAAGGGAAGUCAUUAGAAGAGACGGAUAAGAGACUUGAUACAAAACAUUGUUCUUUGUACGCUGAAUGUACAUUUGCUUUGGUAGUAUACAUGCAAUGAUUUUGUCACAGAAAGUCACUUUUUUGUCUCAUUUGCAGUUUUUUUUUGUACUUGGAUAUCCUGAGUAGAGUUUCUCAUUUGAAGUGAUAUUCCACUGAAGUGAGGAGCCUCAUUAAAUCAUACACACAUACAUAUAUAUUUCCAUAAUACUCCCCACAGAGCCGCUUGGCUCGUCAGAUAAUAGGCCAUUCUGAACGAACUGAAGUCUUCAAAUAAAUUGCACUUGUAUGCAUACACUUGUCAUUACACUGUGUGUCAGUUUUAUAUAGAUUGUUCUUAUUAAACCAAAUUUCUAAUGAAAUAACUUUUCAUUUUUCAAAUGAAUGUCGUUGAAUUGUCUGUGAGACUAGAAUAUUUUUUUAUAAUGAUCCGGCUUUAGGUUAUAGCGCUGCCUUUUUUGUAAAAGGGAAAAGAAAGGCACUAUAGACCGGUAUCGACGGCUGUUCUCUGUACUACAUGCAGAAUAAUUGCAGUUUUCAGUCAAAAUAUAUUUAUUAUCAUCAGGGAUCAUAUCUGACUUGGUUAUAUGUAACCGUUUAGAACAAAAACACAACUUGUGCAGUGAAAAACUAAGCAUGUCCAUACUGUAAGUUUCUAACUAGAAGUAAGAAGACUAGUGGAAGAAACCGUGGCGUUAGCUACUUGUGUUUCUUAUAUUCACUCAAACAGAUGAGUUAAAUGUUGUCUUUAAUAAGGGGAUAAAAGAAACCCACGAGUGGUCUUUAAGGUCGAAGUUUGUAACACUGACUGUUAAAACAUACUGCACCUGUACCAUACUGCACCUAUAUUAUCUUGCAUUUCGAACAAUUAAGAGGUUGGCAAUAAUGUUUACAUGUUCAAAUGGUAAAAGAGAAUGUAGGUUCCGUACUAUUUCUUGCAUAUACUAGGUCAAUUCGACCUCGGUGUGAGUGUGUGUGUGUAUCUAUAUAUAUGUAUAUAUAUUGUCCAUGUGUUUUUAUGUCUGCUAGGUGUUUGAACUCACUCUGAAUUAUUUAACUUAUAAGAUGUGCAAUAAUUUAAAACUUUGUAUAUUCUG